CAUAGACGAUAACGAACUUUAUUCUCUGCGUGUACCCCACGCGUGUCUCUAGUAAAUGUAAAACAUGGCUGCUCAAGUUUGUAAUGAUACAAGUGAUGCUGUAGCAUUAUGUCCUGAAAAAGGUCUUUAUUUAAAGCCAGUAACAAAGCUUACUAUUUUGGUAAGCUUACCAGAAAUACGAGAAGUCGGUACUACGAUAUCCAAUUGGGAAGUAAUGGAAAAAGUUAAAUCUAUGGUUGCUCCAGUACAGUUCAGUGUUUUGAAAGUGGUCGAAUCUUCUCUUUCAAAAAUCAAGUUCGAGGCAGAAGUAGACACUAAAUCACUGCUUUCUCGGACAAUUUCCAAACUAGAUGGAAACAUGAUAAAGUUGAGUGGACUUGCAGAUGCUUUAAAAGUACGAGCAAUUGAGGAAAAAUUAAAACAUCCAGUAAAACAUCAUUGGGAAUCUUACUUUAGAGAUGCAAAGAAUUUGAACGAAUGGAAACCAGGCGAAAGACCAGACACUAUUCACAUUAAAGGUUUGCCUUCGAAAUGGUUUAGCUGUGAAAGAUCUUGCAAUAAACCAGUGAAAGAGAUCAUUGUUUGUGUGUUUGAAAGGUUUGGUAAGAUACGAUAUAUUGAUGUUCCUUCUUUGGACCCGUAUCGAAUUCGUAUGUCCAAGAAACAACAACCAAACUUUCAAACAUUUAGUUUUGGCUCUGAGCUUCAUUUCGAAGUGUACAUACAAUACGAGGAGUCAGGGUUUGUUAAUGCAAUGAAGGGUUUGAAGGGGAUGAAAUUAUUGCUUAUGUCUGAUGGAAGUAAGGCAGCCACUGCCACUAUAUGGUUUGAUUUUGAUAAAACGUGCCAUUUAAGUGAAACUAACAUUCUCAAAAGAAAUGCGCAAAGACGGGGUUUGAUUGAGAAAGAUCGACUGGAAGAACUACGAAAAGCUCAAGAGAAGAAAGAGGCAGAAGAAAGAGAAGAAGAAAGGAGAAGAGCAGAACUAGAAACUGCUGAGUUGCUGAGAAAAAUGCAAGAAAAUCAACGCAAGAAAGAGGAACGAAGGAAAGUGAGGGAGGAAAGGAGACGACAAAAACGAGAAGAGAGAAAGAGACUGGAGAAGGAACGAAAACAAAGAUUGAAAAAAAUAGUGCUUGAAAAAGAAAGAAUUUCAAAAUUACGUGAAAAGCAAGCAAAAAACAUUUGCGAAGAUAUAUUUGAAAGAAUAGACACAAUGCUCACGGAGGAGAAGGAAGCCAGAAGGAAACGAGAGGAAGAAAUUGCCAUUUUGACACAAAUGAAAGAAAAGAAAGAAAAAUUAGAAAAACAAUUAAAGCAGAAAGAAAACGAACAGAAAUUGAAGAAGAAAAUGGAAGAAGAUGAACAGCAAUUGCGUACUAAACUUUUGAAAAACCUUCAAGUUAUGAGGGAAAGAAAAGCUGAAUUACAGAGAGAAAUAUUGCGUAAACAAAUCCAGGGAAAAAUUAAAAUGAUGUCUGUUAUUAAAACGAACACUUAAAUUUAUUGUUUUGACAUUUAUGACAACCUUUUACUGUUUGUUUUGUGGCGUAUUGUCUUUGCGAAUAAAAAAUUUCAUCAAUGAACUAUGAA